AGCAGAUCAUUCAAACCGUGUCCUCGAGAGCGAACUGGAAGGUUCUGCGGAGCGGCCGUUGGUCAUUUAUUCUGACGGUUUAUCCUCAGAGGGAAAAAAAGAAAAGAUUUUUUUAUAAGAAAAGAAAAGUUUAAUAACCGUAUUCUCCGAACGACAGCGGCGACUACAUGUUGUUGGAGGAGGAGGAGGAGGAGGUGGCCGUUGUCUCCAGUUGUUGACUAGACCGGAGCCUCGCAACAGCUCGAGCGGCGGCGGAGGCGGAGGAGGGAGAGUGGACCGGCGCAGCGAGCGGUGCCGUCCAUCCCCGCCCGGUACGCGGCCAUGGAGGAGCGCGACGGCGCCGGCAGGUGGGACGGGCUGUGCAGCAGGGAGGCGAGCCAGCGGGAAGUGGCCAUGGAGAGCGUCAGGCAGGCGGUCAUGAGCUUGACGGAGAAGGUGGGUUUUAGAAACGGUAAACCGACGCCUCCUACUGCCCCCCUCUCCUCCUCCUCCUCCUCCUCCUGCUCCUGCCGCCCCUCGCCCGCUCCUCUCGCCUCUCUGGACUGUUUGAACACGUACCUGGUGAGACUCCUCGUGUUGUCCAGGAGAUGCCCCUUCAGCGACGUGCGGGAUAAGUGUCUGGCCAUCCUGCAGGGUGUGCAGGAAAUGGGAGUGAGAAUUCCCCGACCUUUGGGACAAGGACCAAGUGCAUUCAUCCCUGAAAAAGAAACGGUUCAAGUGAGACAAGAAGAUGCAGGGACACACUUGCUGUUCGUUGAAGCAUUCACCACCACGGGCCGUCUGGACAAUAUCACCUUGGUCAUGGGCUUCCAUCCACAAUAUCUUUUCAGUUUUCUGAAAACUCAACACUACCUGAUGCAAAUGGAUGGUCCACUGCCUUACCAUUUCCGACACUACAUUGCAAUAAUGGCGACAGCUCGGCACCAGUGUUCCUAUCUUGUCAACCUCCAUGUGAAUGAUUUCCUCCAAGCUGGAGGAGAUCCCAAGUGGUUGGCUGGAUUGGAUUCUGCCCCUCAAAAGCUCCAGAAUCUGAGCGAACUGAACAAGAUUCUCGCUCAUAGGCCGUGGCUUAUUACCAAAGAUCACAUUGAGAAACUCCUGAAAGCUGAAGAGCAUGGGUGGUCGCUGGCUGAAUUGGUGCAUGUUGUUGUCCUGCUCACUCACUAUCAUUCUCUGGCCUCUUUCACGUACGGCUGUGGGAUCAAUUCUGAGAUGCAUUGUGAUGGAGGACACACAUUUCGACUCCCUUCAGUGGAUAAUUACUGCGUUUGUGACUUAGCAAAUGGCAAUAAUUGUGUGGAAGAUGGACUCAAUGGCCAAGGACGAAGUGAUGUAACAGAUGCCUCAUGUGAGGUGGAAGCACUGAUGGAAAAAAUGAAAUGGUUGCAGGAGUGCAGAGAUGAAGAGGAGGCAAGCCAAGAGGAAAUGGCAACACGAUUUGAAAGAGAAAAGACUGAGAGCCUUUAUGUAGCAUCAGUAGAAGAUGAUGAAUCUGUGGACACAAGGGAUGUUGCUCGUCAUUUUGAAGACCCAAGCUAUGGAUAUAAAGACUUUUCCAGAUGUGGAGAGCAAAGUGUACCUACAUUCCGAGCUCAGGACUAUAGUUGGGAAGAUCAUGGGUACUCGCUUGUGAACCGUCUUUACCCAGAUGUUGGGCAGCUAUUGGAUGAGAAGUUUCAGAUCGUUUACAACCUGACUUACAACACCAUGGCAAUGCACAAGGAUGUGGAUACCUCAAUGUUGAGACGAGCUAUCUGGAACUACAUCCAUUGCAUGUUUGGAAUAAGGUAUGACGACUAUGACUACGGUGAAAUUAAUCAGCUAUUGGAACAUAGCUUUAAAGUUUAUAUAAAGACAGUGGUCUGUUCUCCAGAGAAGACUACAAAAAGAAUGUAUGACAACUUCUGGAGGCUAUUCAAACACUCUGAGAAGAUUCAUGUGAAUUUGCUUCUUAUGGAAGCUCGUAUGCAGGCUGAACUUCUUUAUGCUCUGACGGCCAUUACUCGCUAUCGGACAUGAGGAGCCUGCUUAUUUAUAACACCAAUUCUUAUUGGCGAACCUGCCUGUUCCAUUUGAACCACAUUUGAUUCAAAGUACGCAAAUUACUCAAAUUUCAUUGUGCCAUACAUCAUGAGAAGAGACGUUUUUUUGGUGAACUGUGGCAAGCGUUCAAGUUAUGGAUCCUGCACAGAAGAAAAAGUAUGGAAGACUGUGAAGAAGCAAUGUGCAACUCAGCAUUUGAUCAUCUGUGUGUUUUGACAACAUACAGUAAUUCCUAACAUUUUUAUUUUCUUGCAGCAACCAGCCACAGUAUUGCCAUGUGCGGUUGUAAUGCGUGGUUGAUGCAGGAGGUAAUGGGAGUUGGAGCAUUAUUUAAAGACAAUUGGAAACAACUGUAUGCGCCUCAAGGACCUUGUUUGAAGCUGUAGACAGUAGAGUAGCUGCUUCUCCUGAUGGUGAAUUGCUGUGAUGACUGGCUUCCCAAUUUAAGCUAAGACUAUCAAAUUGAACACUGCAGAUGCUUGAGCCUGUCCUGUGACUUCAGCAAGGCACAGACUAUAUUGCGAGUCAAUAUUUAGUCAUUCUAAUUUUUAUAUCUUAGAAUUCUAGCACACCUGAUGUUCAAAUGUAAAGAGUAUUUCUGCUGUAAAACAAUGCUGUGCAAACUUUGAAAUGUAUGUUUCUUUUUCUAAAAAUGAGGAACCUAGUGUUGGGUUCAAUUUCAGUUGUACUCAAAGUGGUGUGUGUCCUUUUGAAAGAAGAGCACUGUAGAUUUGAGUUAUUUAGACUUCCUUACAGAUUACACACUGUAACGUUUUACACCGAUUGUAUUGCAGUAUUUGGCUAUGUGUUAGCCUUUUACUUGCUGGUUGUGUAAGAAAGUUUGGUCAGCUGCCCUCUGGUACACUAAUGGAUUUCUCCUACUUAUCAGCUGUAUUCAGUGGAAAAGUGACUGACUGUCUGUACUAGAAUUACAGUGCAAACCCUCUUUUUAUGUGAUUUUUAACCAUUGACAGCUUAUGUGGAACAGCUGAAAAUGUUUGUGUUUACUGAAUAACAGAGCCUGAUUUAAAAUAUCAGCAUUAUGUCCUUUUGUUUUUAUAGGGUUUUGAUCAACUUCUUGAAGUUCUUAAAAUGUAAAACGUUACUUUUUUUAGUCAAAAUAAUUGUCUGUAUUGACAUGUUGAAAUGAAUAAAAUUUGAAUGUGCUGCA